AUGAGCACGACCGACAGCACAAGUCGCCACUGGCGCGUCUUGCGCAACGCGCUGCUGCAGUCAGUGUGUCGCUCUAUUCCAUCCACAUACACAGACACGUCGGACGCCACUGCAUCUGUAGUGGCGUCCGAGUUCUUUCCUGUGUACGCCAAAGUUCCAGUCGAUCUUCGUGGCCAGGCGAACUUUGCCUGGAUAGCUUACGAGUUGGUAGCACCGUUAAGUAAGCGCAGCGCACCGCCAAAGCGAGUGUACGCCCACGAGAAGCGCAAGGACGCGAAGCGAGUGUCCAUGACGGAGCUGCUGAGUCAUCGAGUGUACGAGGGCGUGGACAACACGGGCAACAUCCGCACGUGGCCGUCGGAGGAGAUUCUGCUGUCUUACAUGCUGUCGAGUGGGGUUUGUUCACGAGUCCAGCGACGAGACAAAGCCGGCAAUGCACUGCCCAUUGCGUGCUGUGAAUUGGGCAGUGGAAUGGUCGGUCUGGCCAGUCUGGGGCUGCUCGCGUGGGCACCCGUGGAGCUCCAGCGCGUGCUGGUGACAGACGGCAAUCCGCUCUGUGUCGAGAACUUGCAACUGUGCCUGGACGAGAACAAGCGGCGGCACGUGUUUGCCGCGAAGACGGCAGCGAUCGACCUCUCGGCCGAGUUGCUGCGGUGGGAUUGUACCGCUGAGCUGCGCAGUGACUUGCAGCACGAGUUCGAUCUCGUGUUUGCCAGCGACUGUCUCUUCUUCGAAGCGUUCCACGAAGACCUCGCGUGCACGAUCAAGACCCUGCUGCGUCCGGCGUCGGGCCGGUGUUUGCUCUUGCAGCCGAGUCGCAACGGCUCCAUGGAGCGGUUCUGUUGCGUGGCCAAGCGCCACGGCUUUGCCAUUGAACAGUCUCGAGACUACGAUCCGUCGAUCGUGCAUCGACACACAGCGUUGCAGCAGACUCGAGGCGAUUACGUGCCCGACGUGCAUUUCCCAGUGCUCUUGACGCUCACCCUGUCGCAGGGCCCGUGGCCCGACCCGCAGCACCGUCCGUGUCCAUAG